AUUCCAGACAUGUCCGCUAUAAAGCUGGGUCUUGGAAAGCUAUUAUUGAAUGGCAUUUGCUAGCUCGAGGACAUGUCCACGGCAGAGGUCGCAGCUGGUCUCUGGAGAAGACUGCAAGGCAAGGUUGCAAUAAUCACCGGCGGAUCGGCAGGCAUUGGGGAGGCCACUUCUCGGCUAUUUGCAAAUCAUGGAGCCAAAAUCAUUAUUGUAGACAUUGAAGACGACGCUGGCAAGAAAGUGGCAGAUUCCCUUUCUCCCUGGGCGACAUAUAUCCACUGUGAUGUGAGCAAAGAGCAAGAUGUAAGCGCAGCGGUGGAUAUGGCCAUGGAAAAGCACGGAAAACUGGACAUUAUGUAUAAUAAUGCAGGAACCGUCGACAACCAAAAACUGAGCGUAGACUAUGAUAUGCAGGAAUUUGAGCGAGUGAUGAAUGUAAAUGUAAAAGGAGUAAUGCACGGCAUUAAGCACGCGGCCCGAGUUAUGAUUCCCAAGAGAAAGGGCAGCAUUAUCUCUACAGCUAGUAUUGCAGGAAUGGUAGGAGGAGCUACUCCUUACUCCUACAAUGCCUCGAAACAUGCCGUUAUUGGACUGACUAAGAGCGGUGCGGCAGAGCUGGGGAAAUGUGGUAUACGUGUGAAUUGUAUUUCUCCUUCUGUAGUUGCCACAGAUCUGGUAUUGAAAUUGAUGGGAAUGGACGCUUCAUCAGAGGCAAAGGCCAAGGUGGAGGCAGCGAUUGAGGUCGUAGCCCCCUUAAAGGAAGCAGUUCUUAAAGCAGAGGAUAUUGCAAAGGCCGCUUUGUAUCUGGCCAGUGAUGAAUCAAAAUAUGUGAGUGGUCACAAUAUAGUGGUAGAUGGGGGAAUAACAGUUGUAUUAGACGAAAGUUCAGUGUUUGGAAAGUACUAAUGGGGAAUCUCUUAGAUUAGAUGACGCCUAUAGUAGAAAAGGCUCAUGAAUCACAUUGAAAUAAUAUCGAAGGCGAGUAAUACGCUUCUGUUGUAAAAAGGAAAAAGAGUGUCUUGUAUUUAGUUAAUUGGUAAUUAAUGUGAGAUGAUAAGGGAUGAAGUUAUAUGUUUGUA